AUGUUGGGGUCCAUCCUCACCCAUGAAGGGAUUGUGUUGGAUGUGAACCUGUUUAUGGGUCUCAGCACUGUUGCAGAGUCAGCGCCAGUGUCCAAACCUACCAUUGUCACCUCCAACAUUACUGCAGUGGAGAACAAGGACUUCUCAUUGACAUGCCAGGCUACAGGUCAAAUUCACGCUUACCAGUGGUUCAUGAAUAGAGUUGCCCCAGCUGGUAGCAGGAUACAGCUGUCGCCAGAUAAGAGGACACUCACUGUCAGCAGGCUCACAAGAAGAGAUAACAAAGGGCCAUAUGAGUGUGAAAUCCGGAAUCCAUUUUAUAGCAAUAGGAGUCAUCCAUUCACACUGGAUGUUGCCUAUGGCCCAGAUAUUGCCACAAUUGACCAUAUAAGAGAUCAGUUCGCAAUGGGGAUAAAUGUUACCUUGAGCUGUGUUGCUGAUUCUAACCCACCAGCACAAUUCACUUGGUUACAGAAUGGACAAUCUGUCAGCAACUCAGCCUCAUUUUCUAUUAUUACAUCCCUGAAUCAUAUCGGAAACUAUACCUGUAUUGCAACUAACUCAUUUACUGGCUUGACGCGCACUGCAAACAAGACUCUUAUGAUCUAUGCGCCAGUGUCCAAACCUACCAUUGUCACCUCCAACAUUACUGCAGUGGAGACCAAGGACUUCUCAUUGACAUGCCAGGCUACAGGUCAAAUUCACGCUUACCAGUGGUUAAUAAACAGAGUUGCCACAGCUGGUAGCAGGAUACAGCUGUCGCCAGAUAAGAGGACACUCACUGUCAGCAGGCUCACAAGAAGAGAUAACAAAGGGCCAUAUGAGUGUGAAAUCCGGAAUCCAUUUUAUAGCAAUAGGAGUCAUCCAUUCACACUGGAUGUUGCCUAUGGCCCAGAUAUUGCCACAAUUGACCAUAUAAGCGAUCAGUUCGCAACCGGGAUAAAUGUUACCUUGAGCUGUGUUGCUGAUUCUAACCCACCAGCACAAUUCACUUGGUUACAGAAUGGACAAUCUGUCAGCAACUCAGCCUCAUUUUCUAUUAUUACAUCCCUGAAUCAUAUCGGAAACUAUACCUGUAUUGCAACUAACUCAUUUACUGGCUUGACGCGCACUGCAAACAAGACUCUUAUGAUCUAUGCGCCACUGUCCAAACCUACCAUUCUCACCUCCAACAAUACUGCAGUGGAGACCAAAGACUUCUCAUUGACCUGCAAUGCUACAGGUCAAAUUCACGCUUACCAGUGGUUCAUAAACGGAGUUGCCCCAGCUGGUCUCAGGAUACAGCUGCCGCCAGAUAGGAGGACACUCACUCUCCGCAGUCUCACAAGAAGAGUUAACAAAGGGCCCUAUGUGUGUGAAAUCGAGAACCCAUUUUAUCGCAGUAGGAGUGAUCCAUUCACACUGGAUGUUGCCUAUGGCCCAGAUAUCGCCACAAUUGUACAUUCCCCCGAUGAGUACCCUACUGGGGCAAAUAUUACCUUGAGCUGUGUUGCUGAUUCUAACCCUGCAGCACAAUUCACUUGGUUACACAAUGGACAACCAGUCAGCAACUCAGCUACAUUUUCUAUUAUUGCAUUCCUGAGUGAUGCUGGCACUUAUACCUGUACUGCAUCUAACUCAUUCACUGGUUUGACGCGUACUGCAACCAAGAAUAUUAUAAUCUAUGGUGAGUAUCUGGAUUGGGCCCCCAACUUUGUGUGGGGCUCUCUCUUUCCCUGGCAUGACAGAAAUAGACAAAAUCAUUUUCUGUCUAUUCUCUGCGCAGGGCCAGUGUCCAAACCUACCAUUGUCACCUCCAAAAUUACUGCAGUGGAGACCAAGGACUUCUCAUUGACAUGCCAGGCUACAGGUCAAAUUCACGCUUACCAGUGGUUCAUAAACAGAGUUGCCCCAGCUGGUAGCAGGAUACAGCUGUCGCCAGAUAAGAGGACACUUACUCUCAGCAGGCUCACAAGAAGAGAUAACAAAGGGCCAUAUGAGUGUGAAAUCAGGAAUCCAUUUUAUAGCAAUAGGAGUGAUCCAUUCACACUGGAUGUUGCCUAUGGCCCAGAUAUUGCCACAAUUGACCAUAUAAGCGAUCAGUUCGCAACGGGGAUAAAUGUUACCUUGAGCUGUGUUGCUGAUUCUAACCCACCAGCACAAUUCACUUGGUUACAGAAUGGACAAUCUGUCAGCAACUCAGCCUCAUUUUCUAUUAUUACAUCCCUGAAUCAUAUCGGAAACUAUACCUGUAUUGCAACUAACUCAUUUACUGGCUUGACGCGCACUGCAAACAAGACUCUUAUGAUCUAUGCGCCACUGUCCAAACCUACCAUUCUCACCUCCAACAAUACUGCAGUGGAGACCAAAGACUUCUCAUUGACCUGCAAUGCUACAGGUCAAAUUCACGCUUACAAGUGGUUCAUAGACGGAGUUGCCCCAGCUGGUCGCAGGAUACAGCUGUCACCAGAUAGGAGGACACUCACUCUCCGCAGUCUCACAAGAAGAGUUAACAAAGGGCCCUAUGUGUGUGAAAUCGAGAACCCAUUUUAUCGCAAUAGGAGUGAUCCAUUCACACUGGAUGUUGCCUGUGAGUAAAUUUGUUCUUCCUAUAUGGUGCCUGCUUAUAGCUUGGUGGUGUG